AUGGCCAGCAGAUACGGCCAGGCGUACCGUAACGGCGGCGGGAAUGGUAGUGGUGGUAGUGGCGGCGGUUACGGCAAUCUUGAUCGCCAGGAUGACGAGUACGACCCUUACGGAGAGGGAUAUGGCAGCGACCGCCAUGCGCCCCCUCCCCGCCGAACGAAUCCUCGACCCCCUCCCGCUGCCCGCAACGCAGCCCCCCCCACCUCCUCGCAGGAGUGGCCCGCCAUGUGCGAGAACGACUGCAUCCCCGUCCAGCUGGCCCUACAGCUGCUCGACACGAGCUCCGUCGGCCGCGCCCACGAGUACCGCAACUUCCAGCGGACACACCUAUACCUGCAGGAUUCGCUCAAGAAGAUCGUCCACGAGUACCAUCAGGGAUUCAACAGCUCCAUAGGCACGUUUCACAAGAUCCAGGGGAGCAUACAAGCCUCACAGAAGAAGGUGCGCACCCUCAAGGAGUCGCUGGCGACCUCCAAGACGGCCCUCUGCGCAACAGACCCGGAACUCAAGAAGCUACACGCAACGUCGCACAUGUACGAUGACGUACUGCAGACCUUAAACGAGCUGGACGAUUUGCGCGCGGUUCCCGACCAGCUCGAGGCCAGGAUAUCAGAGAAGCGUUUUCUCACCGCUGUCGAGGUCCUCCAGAAUGCACUGCGCAAGUUGACCAAGCCCGAGUUGGACGGUAUCGGGGCGUUGGGCGAGUUGCGGAACUAUCUGGCGAAUCAAGAGACCGCGCUGAUGGACAUACUGGUUGAGGAGCUGCACGAGCACCUCUACCUCAAAUCACCAUACUGCCAGGAGCGGUGGCAGAACCUGGCCAAAAGCCAGGGCGCUCUCGGCGAGGCCUUCAAGGACGCGCCAGCCGUAUCGCCAUUCCAUGCUGUUCUCGAUACGGUCGAUUGGGACCGGUCCGUGACCGAAGACCCGCACAAGAACCCCGAAGCCGACACUUUCUACUACGUCACGCUGCUAGUCGAGUCUCUGAAUAGGUUGGGGAGGCUAGAGUCUGCCGUGGACACAUUGAAGCAGAGGUUACCGGUGGAAUUGUUUGCCGUGGUGAACGAAACCAUCAACGACAUCGAUCAAAAACACCCCAGCUCUUUGAGAGGAGGCUCCAAUGGGUCUCACGGACUCCAUAUCUACGGCCAGCGCGAGACCAGGAUGAGGGCAGAUGUCAUUUAUGAUCUGCUGUGGACACUCUACGGAAAGUUCGAGGCCAUAGCCGAGGGUCACCGCGUAUUCCACGAAUCCAUCAAAGCGCUCAUCCGCCGCGAGGGAGCCGGCAACAACAUUGCACUGCUGGGCAGCUUCAAGGAGCUCUGGAAUUUGUAUCAAAACGAGAUUCGUUCCCUGUUGCACAACUAUGUCACGACGGAUGCCGAUGUUUACCAGUACCGCUCUUCGCCCAGGUCGGGCAUGGGGAUGAACGGGACGAAGGACGCCGCGCGGGAGCACCUCUUCAAAUUCUCCGAGGUCGACUCCAAAUCGACCGAGAUGGCAACCGAGUACGAAGCCUUGGAUGGCAUCAUCCAGGCUGCUGUGCCGGGCUUGACCUCCAACUCGCGCAAGGGUGAUGGAAAAAAGGGCCUGGUUGUCCCACGGUCGGACCCCGCCGCCGCUCGAAAGAGCACUACCGGCUACGGCAGUAACCAGGGCAGUGGAACAUACAAGUCGUUGGUCGAGCCCAGCGUGUUCAAUAUGAGCUUGCUACUACCACCCACUCUCAUCUUUCUCCAGCGUCUAAAGAACAUCGUCCCGCCCGGGUCAGACCUCGCGACCAGCACCCUUACGUCAUUUCUCGAUAACUUCCUCGUCAACGUCUUCCAGCCCCAACUGGACGAAACGCUUGGGAAGCUCAGUGACACCGUCUUUGGCGAGGCCGAUGCCUUCCUACAAGAUUCGGAGUGGGUGCGGGUUGCCAAACGGCCCGUGUUCAAGGGUGCGACGGCUUUCUUUACGAUUGUGACAGCAUUCUGUCGGAUGCUGGGCACCAUCCCACAUGACCAGGCCCUUAGCGCGCUCAUAAUCACCCAGAUGCUCCGGUACUACGACAGGUGCUUUACCUGGUACAAGGCGCUGGUCACCAAAACCCAAGAAGAAGCAUCCAGCGCCCAGGAGCUGCGGGCGUCCGCCGUACUGGCGCUCGAACCUAGCGAGAUCCACGAGGCGAUGCAAAAGGUAUGGGAGGCCGAGGCGACUGACUUCGGACUCCUCGAGAACGAGGCCGACCUACUCAUGGCACAGACAAAGGUGAAGAAGCUCGAGGCCAGCGACAUUAUCCAGGACCGCGACACCAUCUCGUCGCUCUGCCUGCUAUACACCAGCAUGAAGUGGCUGUCAGUCAAGAUCCUCAGCCUACGGCACAUCACCAAGAACGAAACCGACUCGUCCCGCUCCAGCCUUCCCAAACCCGAAAAGAAGCGCUGGACGCUGCUCAAUGACCCCAACAAGGCCACGGCAGACGAAGGCCCAGUAUAUUUGCCCAUGACGCAAGAAACCGUUGUAUCCUUCGACAGCAUCCUAACCUCAUACACCUCCCUCGCCACCACAGCCCUCCAAACCCUCCACGCCGAAGUCCGCUGCCGCAUCCUCCACUCCCUCUGCACCGCGCUCUCCCCCUCCCAAACGGCGCCCUACCUCCUCGAGCAGGAAGUCACCGAACCCGACCCGGAGAUCCUCUCGCUCAACAGCGAGAUGGUGGCCUUCGACGAGACGACGGCGCACUUUCUGCGCGAGCGCGAGGUCGCCUUCGUGCGCACGGGGCUGGGCCUGCUCAUCAACUCGUACCUGGUGCGCAACGCGGGCAUGACGGCGCCCAUGAACGCCAAGGGGUGCGGCCGCAUGCGCCUCAACGUCCUCGUGCUGCAGCAGAACCUCAAGAACGUCGAGGUCGGGCCGGGCGCCGAGCUGGGCCGUGCGAAGCAGUACUUUGAGCUGUUUGCGGAUGGGCCGGAUGGGAUCGUCAAGCGCGCGAGGGAGGACGCGGAGAGGGCGAGGGAGGAGGGUGGGGAGGGCGGGGAAGGGAAAGGGGAGACGGCGGCGGUCGUGCGCUUUACCUAUGACGAGCUCAAGGCCCUGUUGGAAUUGUGCUAUAGCGAGCAGCUGGCUGAUCCGGAGAGGGGCGUCGCUGCUGCUGCGAAGAGGCAGCUGGCCGAUAAGCUGCUCGGGCUGAGCGAGUAUAUGUGGCAGAGCUAGGUCGGUGGUGUUUAGGGGGGUUUGUUUUGGGUGGGACGGGGGUGGUUGUGGAGUUUAGCUGUUGCUGUGUACGGUGGUGGGAGGUUGGGUGGUGGUAUGGUUCUCGGCUAGCUACAUGUGUGUGAUGGGUGGACGUGGAAGGCUGGGGCCGCUGUGUAAUGGUCACCCAAUGUUGUGGUCACAAUGGCACCUCGUGGGCGCACAAGACGCAUAAGUGGUACAUCUUUG